AUGCAGGAGAACUAUGAGACGGUGACCUCGCUGGCACUCAGCGGAGACCUCCUCGCCGCCUCUGUGCGUGUCUGGGGAGUGGGGCUGCAGCACUCUGCAGGCUCCUACCGGCCGGCGGGCGAGCGCCAGGAGUUCAGCUGUGCUUCCCCAGGCCCAGGAAGAAGAGGAUUCCCCUUUCCCAAACCUGAGCUGAUCGCCCGGCUGGAACGAGGGGAAGAGCCGUGGGUGCCCGAUCUCCAGGACUGCAAGGAAAGAAGGCUUCCGAGAUGCACCCAUACAGGUGCUGAGCGAGGGAGUGAGAAUGAGGAGGGGAAUCAUCAUGAGGAAGUUUCCGGGGAAGUGCAACUGCAGGGGACCUUCGUGGGAAGAGGUGAAGGGACUUUUUCCCAGUGCUUGGAGCAGGAAGAAGAAGGCUGGGGAAACUGGCACAGGUCAGAGAGGCUUCUGGAAAACCAUGCAGGGAAGAAAAUGGAUGAAUCUAUUAACGGUGCGGGAGGAGACAAGGAUCCCAGAGUGCAUCAGACGAAUCCCAAGGAAGAGACACCCGGGCACUACCCUCAGUGUGGGAAAGAAUUCAUUGCAAUUCACACAGGAGAGAGACCCCACAAGUGCUUGGACUGUGGGAAAAGUUUCAUACAGAGUUCACACCUAGUUCGUCAUCAGGCAAUCCACACAGGGGAAAGACCCCACAAGUGCUUGGACUGUGGGAAAAAUUUCAUACAGAGGGCACACCUUGUUCAACAUCAGGCAAUCCACACAGGAGAAAGACCCCACAAGUGCUUGGACUGUGGGAAAAGUUUCACAGUGAGGUCAAACCUUGUUCAACAUCUGGCAAUCCACAGAGGAGCGAGAGCCCACAAGUGCUUGGACUGUGGGAAAAUUUUCAUAACAAGGUCACAACUAGUUCGCCAUCAGGCAAUCCACACAGGAGCGAGACCCCACAAGUGCUUGGACUGUGGGAAAAGUUUCAUAAAAAAGUCAAACUUUGUUCAACAUCAGGCAGUCCACACAGGAGAGAAACCCCACAAGUGCUUGGACUGUGGGAAGAGUUACAUAGAGAGGUCAUACCUAGUUCGUCAUCAGGCAAUCCACACAGGAGAAAGACCCCACAAGUGCUUGGACUGUGGGAAAAGUUUCAUAAGAAGCUCAGACCUUGUUCAACAUCAGGCAAUUCACACAGGAGAGAGACCCCACAAGUGCUUGGACUGUGGGAAAAGUUUCAUAAAAAGGUCAAACCUUGUUCAACAUCAGGCAAUUCACACAGGAGAAAGACCCCACAAGUGCUUGGACUGUGGGAAAAGUUUCAUAGAGAGGUCACACCUAGUUCGUCAUCAGGCAAUCCACACAGGAGAAAGACCCCACAAGUGCUUGGACUGUGGGAAAAGUUUCAUAAGAAGCUCAGACCUUGUUCAACAUCAGGCAAUUCACACAGGAGAGAGACCCCACAAGUGCUUGGACUGUGGGAAAAGUUUCAUACAAAGGUCAAACCUUGUUAAACAUCAGGCAAUCCACACAGGGGAAAGACCCCACAAGUGCUUGGACUGUGGGAAAAGUUUCACAAGAAAGUCAAACCUUGUUAAACAUCAGGCAAUCCACACAGGGGAAAGACCCCACAAGUGCUUGGACUGUGGGAAAAGUUUCAUAAGAAAGUCAAACCUUGUUAAACAUCAGGCAAUCCACACAGGAGAGAGACCCCACAAGUGCUUGGACUGUGGGAAAAGUUUCAUACAGAGGGCACACCUUGUUCAACAUCAGGCAAUCCACACAGGAGAGAGACCCCACAAGUGCUUGGACUGUGGGAAAAUUUUCAGACUGAGGUCACACCUUGUUUAUCAGGCAUUACACACAGGAGAGAGACCCCACAAGUGCUUGGACUGUGGGAAAAGUUUCAUAAAAACAUCAAACCUUAUUCAACAGCAGGCAAUUCACACAGGAGAAAGACCCCACAAGUGCUUGGACUGUGGGAAAAGUUUCAUAAGAAAGUCAAACCUUGUUAAACAUCAGGCAAUCCACACAGGAGAGAGACCCCACAAGUGCUUGGACUGUGGGAAAAGUUUCAUACAGAGGGCACACCUUGUUAAACAUCAGGCAAUCCACACAGGAGAGAGACCCCACAAGUGCUUGGACUGUGGGAAAAGUUUCAUACAGAGGGUACACCUUGUUCAACAUCAGGCAAUCCACACAGGAGAGAGACCCCACAAGUGCUUGGACUGUGGGAAAAGUUUCAUAACAAGGUCAGAACUAGUUCGCCAUCAGCCAAUCCACACAGGAGAGAGACCCCACAAGUGCUUGGACUGUGGGAGAAGUUUCAUAAGAAGGUCACUCCUUGUUUAUCAUCAGGCAAUCCACACAGGAGAGAGACCCCACAAGUGCUUGGACUGUGGGAAAAGUUUCAUAACAAGGUCAGAACUAGUUCGCCAUCAGGCAAUCCACACAGGAGAGAGACCCCACAAGUGCUUGGACUGUGGGAAAAGUUUCAUACAGAGGGCAAAACUAGUUCGUCAUCAGGCAAUUCACUCAGGAGAGAGACCCCACAAGUGCUUGGACUGUGGGAAAAGUUUCAUAAAAAGCUCAGACCUUGUUCGUCAUCAUGCAAUUCACACAGGAGAGAGACCCCACAAGUGCUUGGACUGUGGGAAAAGUUUCAUACAGAGGGCACACCUUGUUCAACAUCAGGCAAUCCACACAGGAGAGAGACCCCACAAGUGCUUGGACUAUGGGAAAGUUUCACAGUGAGGUCAAACCUUGUUAAACAUCAGUCAUUACACACAGGAGAGAGACCCCACAAGUGCUUGGACU